AUGGCCCACACACAGGCCAGCUCCGCCUCACCCACACUCGCUUUCCUCACGCUCGUUCUCUCCCUCCUCUCGCUCGCGCGCACCGUUCGAAGCGCUCUUCCACCUCUCGGCGACAUCAACACUCUCUUCGUCCUGGGCGACAGCUACUCUGCGACCGGCUUCAACCCGUCAAAGGGCUACGACCAAUGGGCCCAGUCACCCGACACAUUCGGCAGCGGCCGCUCAUGGUCGAUGUUCAUCGCGAACUCGACCCGCGUUCCUUCUGCCCUCUACGACCGCACCUUCUCGCUCGCCGAGGGCGGCACGCCUCUCUCACCUGACCGAAGCUGGCCAAACUUUCCGAAGGACGGCGUCAAGGCAGAGGUCGAUCGGUUUGCGGAGUACUUCGUGAACGCUUCGACUGAGGGGAAGGGCGCAAGGCCGGUUUGGACCGGCGACAGGACGUUGUUCGUAAUCUGGUUCGGCGUCAACGACUUUGAGAUCGCCGGCAAGAUGGGCAAUCUCGCACUGCCGGUCACCGACGGGACUUUCGACCGAUUGCGAGAGCAGGUGACGCGUCUGUACGACCUCGGAGCCCGCAACUUCCUCUUCCCGACCCUCUCCCAAUUCCACCGUACGCCGACCAUUCGCGCGCAGUCGACGCCCGACUUCGACGCUCCCUCUGAAUACGAGGCUGUUUACUUGCGCUGGAAUGCGAAGCUGAAGGAGACGGUGGCCGAUUUCCCGCUCACCUUGCCGGACGCCAACGUCCAGGUGUGGGACGCCUGGUCAUGGUUCGGUCAGAUGCUGGACAACGCCGAGGCUUUUGGCUUCAAGAACUCGUCAACCUGGUGCUCGGCGUACUCGCACCUCAAGUGGAACUACGCCGACGUUCCCGACCAAGACAAGCCUGAGUGCGGCCUGAGCGAAUACUUCUGGACGGAUGCCGCUCAUCCGACCUACGCUGUGCACGAGUACCUCGCCGACUCGUUGAUCGAGACCCUCAGCAACCCACAAGACACGCUCGUCAUCGAGUUCAACCCGAUGCGACUGCUCAACCCGGAGAAGCGACUCAGUCGACGCAUGUCCGCCCUCAGCCUUCGCGACGGCACCUCUCCCUCGCACCACCAACACCUUCCUCGCCAUUCUCGCCGUAUGCGCCGUGUUCCGAAGCGCUGGGACGUCUCCUGGACGGCGGUCGACCCCGACACCGUUGGAGAGGCCUGA